GACCCGGAAGUGCUUUUCCUCCUCUCUGGGGCAUGGGACCUGAGCUGCUGCUAAGAAUCGUCCUCUCCACUUUUUAAUCCUCAUUUUUUGCGGGGAGGUGGCUGUGAUUGAGGUGUGUGGCGAUGUUCAGUACCCUCCAGUACCUUGAGCAGCUGGAGGAUGAUCUCUACAGAGAGUACGAGGAUGACUCAGAGGGGUCAGAGGCUGACAGUGAACUUGAAUUUCACCUAUACAGCCAACUUCACUAUUCCUCCAACGCUGGAGAGGUCAAUGAACUGGAAGAUAAAAAGAAAGAAAUAGAUGAGAUCAGCACCGAAGGAAACCAUAACAUAACGGAUUCAGAUAAACUCGGACAACUGUCAGAAAACAGGUCUACAGCCAAGAAAAAAGAAAAGGUACAAGGAGACAAGGAGAAGAAAAGGACCAAACAAGCAAAGAAUGACAAAGCCAAAGGUCAGAGGGCAUCAUCUACAGUGUUUGAAGAAGUGAUAGUGAUUGACUCCAGCCCAGAUGUCAUUACACUCUCUGAAGAUGACAGUAGUGAUGAGAGUGGAGGAGUUUGUGCCUUGAAGGGUCAAAGGUUACCUAAGCGUUGUACCUCCACACCUGCACAGGUAAAAAAGGGAGUGUUUGAUACAGCAGUUCCUGUAAACAUCAGCAGCUCUGAGUCUGAAUCUGAGUCAGAGUCCCAGAGUGUGUUGGACUCGAGCAGCUGUUCGGACUCUGACCACGUGGAGAACUGGAUGAUUCUGAGCCACGGUCAGCAGGAUGGAGACCAGUCCAUCUCACUCAACCUGGAUGGAGUGGUAGAGAGCGAGACAGAUGGUGAAGAACUGGAUGGCAAGUGGCUGAUUUCUGACAAAGACAGAACGGCCCAGAUCUUCAAUAAAAGUCAAGGCGUCAGGCCUUUUGUGCAGAGACUGACGAGCCGAUAUUAUACAGACAAAAACGUCCACUGUAAAAACUGUAACAGAACUGGACAUUUGUCAAAGAACUGCCCAGAACCAAAAAAAGUCUCACCCUGCAUCCUUUGUAGCACUCCGGGCCAUAUGCCGCUUGAAUGUCCCUACAAAUACUGUCACAACUGUGGACUUCCUGGGCAUCGGUACAGCUCCUGCUCUGAGAGGGCCUACUGGCACAAGCAGUGCCACCGCUGCAAAAUGACCGGACACUUCCAUGAUGGCUGCCCUGAAAUCUGGAGACAGUACCAUAUAACGAUUAAGUUGGGGCCUCCUGUUAUAGACAAGAGAAACGGUCGGGGCCAGACUCGUGCUUACUGCUACAACUGUGCCAAGAAGGGGCAUUUUGGACAUGAGUGUCAGAAGCAGAGGAUGUUUAAUGGAAGCUAUCCUAGCACACCUUUUAUAAAUCACUACGACACCACUAACGACAUAAAAGGCAGACAACGCCGCAUAGAACAGAAGGUUAAAGAUCUGAAGAACAAUGGCCUCCUUCCUCAUGUUCCUUAUGUUCGUCAUGUUCCUCAAUCCCUUUCAACCCCAGAACCUCCGAGGAAGAAACAAAAGACCAGCUUUGAAAAAAACAAUCACCAUCAUAAGCGAACGUCACACCAGAGCUUUAAAACGGACCUCCCCGCUUCUAGUCACAUCUUUUUCAGUGACGCUUCUGAUUCUGAUUCAAUAUGUAAAACAAGCAAGCACCAAAAGUACAAACGAAUCUCUCAGGAAAAGACAUGGAAACCCAAGAGACCAGUCCCCCAGUCUAGAGACUCUGUGCCAAAAGUAGUCUUAGAUGAAGCAGAUGACUUUCCAAGGGGCGGAGGGCAAGGCGAGGAAAUGGAGAGAAGGAAAAAGAGCAAAAAAAUGAAGAAAAAUGGGCAAUCACUUUGCUGGACUAACACAAGCAAACAGGCCAAAGACAAGAGUGGAAAUCCAAGCAAAAAGAAAAAAAAUAAGAAGGCAAGCAAAAAAACGUCAGACAAGAUGUACCCAACUGAUGAAAACCUAUUUAUUAUUAAACAAAGGAAACACAAAAGAAAACAUUAAAAACUAUAUGGGUUUUACUGUUAUUAACUUUGGAUUAGAUUUUAUUUUUCACAUUCUUAGAUCUAAUAGUGUCUAGUAAAUAUUGAAAUAGUUCUAUUAAUAAAACUAGCAAAAGACUAAAUUUAAAUCUGUCAAAUGAACAAAUUGUUGUUAGAGUGAAGAUGUUUCUCUGCUCAUCCAAGCCGCUUCUUCAGGUCUUCAGUUAAUAAAACUAGCGUACUCAAAUGUCCACUAGGAAAUUAGUCUAUCAGCUGCUUUUCAAUGAUUAAUCCAGUUCUUAAUGUUUUCACCAAUACAGCUCAAUUAAAAAUGUUUUUUUUU